AUGCUACCUGAGCCGCAGCAGGCUCCCCAAUACCUUAUUGAUCUUAUGGCUCCCUUAGUCGCUAGGAUAACAACCAUCGAGGAGCUUGUGGCGAAUCAUAUUGCACCACCACCAUCAGUAGCUGAAACCGCCAUUUCUCAAGGAAAUGGGACACCUAAGUUUCAGAAGAACAAGGAAGGGCACCCCGGAGAUAAGGAAUGCCUCCUGCCUCCGGCCACAAGGUUCCUCCAAUCCUCGGCCCAAUUCCUGGACUCGAACCAGUCCGUAAACCUCUCAACGGACUCCGACGUAGCGGUCGUCCUCGCCUCUCUUCUGUGUGCUGUCAUUUGCAUAUUGGGCCUCGCCCUUGUGGCACGCUGUGCCUGUCUGAGGCAGCCCGCCUCCUCUCCCCGGCCUACCAAUAGAGGGAUCAAGACGAAGGUCCUCAACUCGUUGCCAACGGUUUCGUUCGAUGUGGGGUCCGCCGGCGACUUGAAGUUGGCGGACUGCGCCAUUUGCUUGGCGGAGUUUGAGGAGGGCGAGUUGGUCAGGGUGUUGCCUCCGUGCGGGCACGGGUUCCACCUCAAGUGCAUCGACACGUGUGUGCUGAGAUUGCUGGAGGAGAAAGAGGAGAGAGCUUUGAGAAAGGUGUUGAAGGGAUUAUAG